AUGGUGACCAUUCUUCUGAGGGCAAAGCCCAAGGUGACAGUAUCUUUUGAAGAUGUAUCUGUGUACUUUACAAAGACAGAAUGGAAGCUUCUGGAUCUGAAACAGAGGAACCUCUACAAGCAGGUGAUGCUGGAGAACUACAGCCAUUUGGUGUCAAUGGGAUUUGCUUUCUCCAAGCCUAACCUGGUUUCCCAGCUGGAGCGAGGGGGGAAGCCCUGGAUUAGGGCUGGUGGAAUGGAGACUGCAGCAGGAUCCUGUGCUGGGAAUAGAAUAAAGAGCAAGACUCUGACUUCAAAGCCGAAACUUUUUGGAAGAGGUCUCCUCAGAGACACCUCAGGAUCCUCAUUGCAGAGAUGUCCUCGCGAUUUCAGGCCAAAUCCCAUUGUAAGGUACCAACACUCCAGAAUCACGGAUAAGCGGUAUCUAUGUCAGCAAAGCGGAAAAUCCUUCAGCCGCAGCUUUAAUCUCAUCAAGCACCGGAUCGUCCACAGCAUCCACAGCGGUGAGAAACCAUAUGAGUGCUAUGAGUUCGGGAAGCUGUUCAGGCGCAGAUUGGCGCUGCUGGAGCAUCAGCGCAUCCACAGCAGCGACAAGCCUUAUGAAUGUAGAGAGUGUGGCAAAACCUUCACACGCAGCUCCAACUCCAACCUCAUUAAGCACCAGAUCAUCCACAGCAGUGAGAUGCCGUUCAUGUGCCGCGUGUGCAGGAAGGUGUUCAGGAGCAGCUUCACGCUGCUUGAGCAUGCGCACACCCACAGUGGCGAGCAGCCCUACGAGUGCGACGAGUGUGGCAAGGCAUUCAUCCGAAGCUCCAACCUCAUCGAGCAUCAGCGCACCCACAGUGGCCAGAAGCCUUACAUCUGCCAGGAGUGUGGAAAGGCCUUUAAGAGCAUCUCACACCUCAUCCACCACCAGCGCAGCCACCGGGGCAACAGGCCCUUCGCGUAUGAGUGCGGCAAGGCUUUCCGAGGCCUCUUGGGGCUCAGCCAACACCAGCGGGUCCACAGCGGCAAGAAGCCCUAUGAGUGCAGUGAAUGCAGCCCGGCCUUUAGUAGCCGGGCCAACCUCUUCAAGCACCAGGUGGUGCAUGGCAGAGUGCCGCUCCAGCGCAGCACUCCAGGGAAGGGGUUCCCACGUGGCUGCAAUCUCCUGGCACAUUGGCGAGGCCUCCAUGGGCAGCAGCCCCAGGAGGCUGGAAAAGGUAGCUCAGCGGAGCCCCAGCCCACCGACACCAAAGAGAAGCCCCAAGUGUGUGAUCCCUGUGGUCAGGUCUUUGAGAACAAGUUGCCGUUGUGUCACCACUUGCACUUAGGCAUCCAUGACGACGAAGAUGACAAAAAACCGAAGCCUGUUACUUCAAGCACCUCAGCUUUAGAGGAUGAGUCAACGGUAGGGCAACAUCUGGAAGCCCAGCCCACAGAAGAAAGAGACAGCAAAAGCAGUGUAGUCUUUGUGUAUGCUGAGAAGCCCCAGGGCCCAUCCUCACCUUGA